AUAGCGUAUGGGCAGUAUAGGAAAAGUUCCGCUGCUAAAAUUGCAGAAGAACACGCAGGGCGGGAGCGCUGAGCAUGGCGAUUGAUGGAAUUGAAGCUUUCUCGCCUCCCUCUCACUCAUCCUUCCAUUUCAGUCAACCGCGCCACUUCUAUGUUGCCGUUGACAGGAUCCAGUUCAAGAUGGAAACGUUAGUGGGCUUAUUGGAUGUGGCCGGUCGCCGUCCGUCCUUGCCGAUGAUUGUGUGCUGUAGUUCUCGCGACGAGCUCGAUGCUGUCUGCUCCGCCGUCUCCAACCUCCAGUACAUCUCUUUGGCCUCUUUGUACAGUGACCUUGCAGAAGCAGACCGUACACAGAUUUUAGAGACAUUUCGCCAAACAUCAUCAAGGUGGAGCCAAAGUUUCAGUUCUCAAUCAGAAGACAAAUGUGAGGUUGAGAAAGAUGGAGAAAAAUCACACAUGAUUGUAGUAACAGACGCCUGCCUUCCACUUCUUGCUUCUGGGGAGUCACCUCUUUCUGCCCAUGUUUUAAUUAAUUAUGGACUACCAACCAAGAAGGAAACAUACAUGAGGCGCAUGACUACUUGCUCAGCCUCAGAUGGGAUCUUAAUCAACAUGGUUGUUGGGGGAGAAGUGGUAACUCUCAAAAGCAUUGAAGAAACUAGUGGCCUUGUUAUUGCUGAGAUGCCCAUUAAUAUUUCUGAAAUUUUGUGAGGAUCUCUGCGAUGGUGAACAUCUGAAGACAACACAGAAGGUUUUCCUGUUGUAUCAUCUUUUGACCCUUAACACUUGAUUAAAAUGGCUGGGCCAGUGAAAAGAUUGUCCUGUUAGACCGUAAUGCUCUUGAAUCACGGUAUCUGUUUGAUUUAGAAGGUGUCUACCUAUACCAAUUGAACAUGUCAAUGGUAACUUAUGUUGGUUUAAGUGUAUCCAUCACAGAGCUUGUCAGUUUAGUUUAUUGAACAAAGGCUAUUUUACAGUGGGAAUAGGAUGCUGAGAUAUAUAGUGCUGUAAGAUUUUGGGUCACGUUUGAUGCCGUUCCUGAAUUUUUUUUUAGUAUUUGUAUGAGUAAUCAUGAUGAAAUAAUUAAAGUUAACCUUGAAAGUUUUAA